GUCGCUGAGCGUCUGUCACAAGGUCGCAGCAGCAGCAGCAGCAGCAGCAUCUUCCCGCAGACAUGAUGUCCUUAGCUGCCCGGUCAGGGGCUUUCUCCCCUUAUAUGCAGGCUUCUGCUUUUGCCGUCGCCGGGCCGCUGAAGGCUCUGGUGCCCGGGGUCGUGUUGAAGGGGGAGAAGAUCCUGUUGGACCCGAAGAAACAGUUCCUGUGCCGAGAGUCGUUGAACGGUCAGAGCCCAAAGACGGGGCCUGCGGUGUCGGUUAGCAUCAACGGCUGUGCGGGGGUCCGACUCGCCCACACCGACGUCAGAAUACCGGAUUUCUCCGACUACAGGCGUGAAGAUGUGCUCAACCCCGACAAGUCGUCCCAUGAGAGUGGUGAAUCCAGAAGGUCCUUCUCCUACCUGGUCACCGGGGCCUCAGUGGUGGUGGGGGUCUAUGCCGCCAAGACCGUGGUGUCUCAGUUUGUUUCUUCCAUGAGUGCGUCUGCCGACGUCCUGGCGCUGUCCAAGAUCGAGAUCAAGUUGGGCGACAUCCCCGAAGGCAAGAACAUGACCUUCAAGUGGAGGGGCAAGCCUCUGUUCGUCCGUCACCGCACUGAGAAGGAGAUCUCCACAGAAGCGGCGGUGAACAUUGCGGAGCUGCGAGACCCUCAGCACGACAAGGACCGGGUCCUCAACCCCAGCUGGGUCAUUGUCCUCGGGGUGUGCACACAUCUGGGCUGUGUGCCCAUUGCCAAUGCCGGGGACUACGGGGGCUACUACUGCCCCUGCCACGGCUCGCACUAUGACGCCUCAGGCCGCAUCAGAAAGGGCCCGGCUCCCCUCAACCUGGAGGUCCCCUUCUACGAGUUUCCAGACGAUGACACGGUGGUGGUGGGAUAGCUCGACACUCACAGACUUGAGAUCACGUUGUACAACAGAUAUUUGUGUAAUAAAGGAAACGUUGAGGUGUA